AUGCGCUCCAAGCCAUGCAUGCAAGGCCUCAUCAAGGGAAAAUGGGGUCAUUGUAUUGUCACCGUGCAGCUCUCUGAUGAAGAGCAGGCUGCACAUUAUGAGGGCGCGGACUACUUCCUGCUGUUUGCUGGAAGCACACAAAGACACCUGACCAGCACCUUAAGGAACAGCGAUGGCACCUUGCAGGCGCUAUGUCCCGCUCAUGACUGCUGCGAGGCGGUGUUGGUCACCUUGUGUUCAGCCACCAGAAAUACCUCUGAGGCCCCUGAGGACCCGAAGUCCUGGUCAGGUCGCGUGGCUCCAAUGGCCGAGCAUCGAUUCAGCUUUGUUCAAGAUUUGGCCUUUGACAUGGCCCAGUUUCUGGUGAGCACAGCAGGCCGGGCUGAUGGCCUUGACGGGGCGCUGCUGCUGGAUGAGUGUCAGAUUCCCCUGGAAGAGUGUGAGCGUCUGGAUGAGAGCUUGGCACUAGCCCUCCACCACCUUGUACUGCCGCCAGGAUGGAGCUUACUGGGAAGCAAACGUUCCAACAGCACUGAGCUGAGCCCUCAUGAGACUCUGAUGCACUUCUCAGCACGUCGCGGCCUCUCUCGGGUUACACGCUUUUUGCUGCGGCAACCUGGAGCCAGAGAGGUCCUUGAGUUGGUCAACAAAGAAGGCGACACCCCAUCGGCUGUUGCGGCAUCACGAGGACACCAACACAUCCAAGAGCUUCUCUCAAAGGCUGAGACUGAUGCAGAGACGGGAAAGGGGACUGAGAGCGUUCAUCGGAUUUCUGGGGACGCCCGUGUGUUUUGUCACCUCCCCACUUUGAACACGCACACUCUGACUGUAAAUGUCCAACCUGGCUGCGAAGCUCCGACACUUCAGAAGAGCGUGGAGCAACUGCUGUACCUAAUUUCCCAUCUCGGUGCCACGGGAGUUUGUGUACUGGAUCUGCAGUUGGACUCUCUUCAUGCCGCUGCUGAAUGUUGUGAUGGUGUAAAAACAGACCUAACCUGUCAGGAGAAUCUCCAGCAGCCCACUUUGGCACCUGAGUGCCUGGAUACAACAACAACUGAAGAGUGCAGGGGUGAAAACAACAAAGCGGAAAGUAGCGGCACUGUUGUUUGUGAACUUUGUGAGACUGGGAUUUCAGAGAAAGAUCGGAGUUUGCCUUCAAGUGCUCCAACUUCAGAUUUACGCCCCCAGGAGUCCGAUCUCAGCCCCCCAGAGGACUGGGUGUGUCCCAGUUCAAACGCUGAGGGAGAUUGGUGCCAAACGGAGCAGGAGGGGAGGGUUUUUUCCAGUCAGAGUUUGAAUUUGUGUGACAAGAGUGAGAGGGCAGAGGGUGAGGCUGAAGGGGAGAACGUCACUGUGGGAAUCCUAGCAGCAGAAGGCUGUGAUAAACAGGCAGAGGAAACUGAUAGAGAGGCUGCAAUCCGGGAAGAACAGGAGGCCAAGAAGGGAGAGGAGCAGGAAGCAGGAGACGGCACAGCCAAGAGGAGGGAGGAGGAGACCAGCACAGAGUCAACACUUUUAAUCACAACCAGUGAAGACACAAAAACUUCAGUCAUGGGCCUGUAUCCGUCAUCUGGGAGCUCUGAGGUUUCAAACACCUCUGACUUAGAAAUGAAGGGAGAAGAUUUAGAGAAAGAAGAACUAAACCAAAGGUUCUCCGAUGGUCUUGAUGGAGUGGAGGUGGAGAAAGACGGAUUAACGGACCCCGGAACAACACUGAAGGACGUAUCCAACCCAUCGCUGAUAGACUGCGAUGAUGUAAUCGAGGAGUAUGAAUCGUCUGUUCCAUGUCUCCUGAUAGAAGGCCUCUGUGAGGGGGAACCUCCGCCAGACAUAAACAGCCCAGAACAAAACCAGGAAACAGCUGGUAGGGAUUAUGUAGCGGAGCAGCAAUGGAGCUUGGCUUCAGAGGCUGCCUGUCAUUCUGGGAAUUGUGCUGAAGCUGUGAGCAGUAAAGAACUGGAUGGUGAAGAAUUGCCUAAACCUCUAUAUUUUCAAAGCAGAGGUUCUCCUUUGCAUGAGCCUCAGGAUCUAGAUUUUCGGACUACUGGAAGCGCCACAAAGACGCAGAGUGAUCUUGUGAACUCAGAGCUAUCGCCUGACAAAAUGCUCACCAAGAGAAAGACGGAUUAUGAAUCAGCCAUGGCUCACGGUCUCUCAAGUGACGAAGACAGUUUUGUUUCUUUUAGGAGCUCUUCAACAGAAAUCUUUAACCCCACUCAGGACAAUGGCGCACUUGAUGACGGGGACUUGCUUCGAACAAACGUAGAAGAACCAUUCUUGGAUGAACAUGGGUCUGAGAACCCAGAAAGUUUAAAAUCUGCUGAAAGCAACAAACUUUCAUUAUGUGUGGAUGGAGGGCUCCUCUUAGAGCCCGGUCCGGUUAGUGAACUGACGCCUUCAGACUGCAGUAAAGAUGGCACUGAUCCUGAAUCCCAUCUGUCAUCCAGCUGCAAGACAGUGGAGGCUUUACAUCCUGAGGCCGUAGAGGAACAGGCCCUAGAACUUCCAGAUGAUUUAUCGAUACUUUCAGUGUUUUCAACUAACAAGGACAUUUUAACGGAGGAUAAAAGCAACAUUGGAAAGUCCAACAGCUCUGCCUUGAUUAUAGGAAUUGAGAAUUCUUCAUCAGAGUUGUCUACUGAGAUCCUAUCCAAAUCUGGUUUAUCUACUGCAGAAGGAUGGAUCGUCACUGGUUUAUUUAAAGAUGAUCAACAGAUAGACCCCAGUGAAAAAUCAGAGAAGAGUGGAAAUGAACAGUUUGUUUUAGAGCAACCCAAACUGGAAGACUCAGAGAGGACAUCGAAUGAGGGCCCAGCUGAGAAUCACCUCUCUGUCCCUCUAUCACAGGAUAGCAAUGCAACAUCAAGCAUAACAAAUGUAAGCUCUUUGGAAGUGGAACCACCUGUACUUGAAACUGGUGCCUCUUUGGACCAUCACAUUGAGGACCAGGUGGAAGAAGAUUUAAAAACUGGAGACGCAGUGGAUGGAAGCAUGGAGAGCUGCAGCUCUGUAGACCACGAGGAGGACGUCUUCAACUCUGAAGACACAAUAAUUGAUGCAGGGGAGGAAGAAAAUGUCCCUGCAGAGGGACCAGACUUCUCCAAGAUUCACCGAGACGGAGAGGCAUCGUUCCAUCAGCCUUGCGGCGCUCAGCACUUAGGAUCCUCAACAGCUUCAGAGUUUCCCAGUUUGCCCAGUAAAUCCAGCCACUCCACCAGCUGUCCCUCCUCCGCUCACAGGGAUUCUGGCAGCGAUAUAGACAGCUUCCUGAAUGCAGAGCAGGGAUUUGACAGCGUCUUCAGAAAGACUGAUGAGCCGGUGACAGGAGGAGACAGUGCCAGCGAGGUUUCUGUCUCUUGCUCCUCCACGGACGACACGGCCAGUGUUGGCCCGUCCAGUUCCAGUCCAGAGGGCAGCCAGGGCCUGGGCUGCAGCUGGAGCCCAGAAGAGAGCAUCCAGACUGGGGUAGCAGCCACUGCAGGCCUGGACAGGGGUGGCAGCGGAGGGGGAGGAGCAGCAGACGCUGAAGAGGAGGCAAAAGACAGAGUGACCGAGGUGCCGCAGCGGUCCUGCAUCUUCCAGCACAGCAUCCGCUCGCUGUCGCCCCUUCGUCGCCACAGCUGGGGUCCAGGAAAGAACAACGGAGGAGAAGCAGAGAUGAACCAGAGGAGUUCCACUCGUAGCCCCGUUGAGAGGAAGCCGGCCUUUCACAGGAGAAGUUACAGCUUGGAGGGACUCAGCAGGGUCCAGGAAGAGCUGAGGGGCUCCAUCAUCCAAGGGCCCCAUGUCCAGGAGCCUUGGAGGAUGCCCCGACAUGACAGUGAUGACAGGGUCUCCCUGGUUUCUCUGACAGAAGAACAGGAUGAACGGGAAGAGCAGAACAGGCUACAUGACCCAAAAUUAAGGCGGUACCGACCUCUGCGAAACAGCUGCCCGUCAAUGACCCUGCCCCUCACCAAGUCUGUGUCCAUGGUCGCCAUCAGUCAUAAAGACAUCGAUGCGGUGGGACGUCUGAGACGUAGGAGGCGAAUUUCAUUCUCUUUCAACCUGUCGCCCAUCCUCACCAAAUCUAAAUCUCAGUUCGUUUAUGGAGACACUUCGUCAAGCGAUGAUGAGGAUGACUCGAGCACGAGGUCAUUCUCCAGCAACUCUGGGUCCGUAGCAUACAGUAUCUCCGAGGAGGAGCCUGGGCCUCUGCGGAGCGACACUGAGGGCAAGAACGUGACAAAAGUCAGCCGGACCUUCAGUUACCUCAAGAGCAAGAUGUCCAAAAAGACAAGGGAAAAGGAGCGAGAGAAAAAAGACAAAGACAAAGAGGUCAAGGAGAAAGACAAGAAGAUUGUGAACGGCCAUCUCUUUACACCAGUCGCCUCGAACCAGGCCGCCCAGUGCUUCCAGUGCAAUAAAUCUUUAACUAGCAAAGAUGUUGUGUUUUGCACAUUGUUAGAUUUAUAUCUAAUUAAGGACAAAUGGGUUCUUUCUAAGAGCGAUGAAGACUACAGCGACCUGACCGAGGCAGUUCGGCUGGUGAAGGAAGUGAUCGCUGCAGUGGACAGCAAGGUGAACGAGCACGAAAAGAGGUGUCGCCUGAAGGAAUUUCACAGCCGCAUGGACAGCAAGUCCAUCAUGAUGCUGAAGAGUGGUCAGAUUUUUGCCAGGGAGGACCUGCUGAGGAGGAAGCUGAUCCACGACGGACCGCUGCAGCUCAAGAACUCGCAGGGGAAACUCAAGGAUGUCCAUGCUUUAAUGCUCUCAGAUGUCUUGGUCUUCCUCCAGGAGAAAGAACAGAAAUAUGUAUUUGCCAUGCUGGACCAGCGCUCCACGGUCCUGUCCCUCCAGAAGCUGAUCGUCAGGGAGGUCGCCAACAAAGAGCGUGGCCUCUUCCUCAUCACGGCAGGCACUGAGAAGCCGGAGAUGAUGGAGGUCCUGGUCAGCUCGAAGGAGGAGCGCAACACCUGGAUACAGCUCAUCCACAACGCCAUGCAGUCCAUGGAGAAGGAUGAAGAUGAAGGGAUUCCCAGCGAGACAGAAGACGACAAAAGACAAUUAGAGACCAAAGCCAAAGAGAUGCGAGAUAUGUUGAAGCAGAAGGAUACGGAGAUCAUGUCUCUGCUGGAGGACAAGGUGCGGCUCUUCAGGGAGAUGUGGGAUGGCUUGAGUCCAGGCGAGGAGGCCUGCCGGCAGGUCCAGCCUUUCUUCAGGUCGACCAGCAGCCAGGAGCCCCCUCGGGGGGCGUCCAUCAUGAAAGACGCGCUGCAGGAAGUGGAGACGUUACAGACGCUGGUGAACAGCAGCCUGGGGGGAGCGAUGGCCAGCGUCCAUGAGGGAGGAGGCGCCGGGCCCGUGUGUCUGCCCCGACGGGCUGAAACCUUCGGAGGCUUCGACAGUCACCAGAUGCACAGCAAUAAGAGUGGAGACAGAGACGAGAGCGAGGAGGCGGCUGGAGACCUGCGUAGGACGGAGUCCGACGGCGUUUUAAAGAAGGGAGGAAACGCCAACCUGCUGCAGCUGCUGAGGAGGGACAGUGAGCAGGUUCUCCACAGUGUCUCCAACCUGCAUCUCCUGCUCAGCUCUCUGCAGGCCGUGGUGGUCCAGCAGGACAGCUACAUCGAGGAUCAGCGGCAGGUGCUGAGUGAGCGCUCCUCGUCUUGUGCAUCUUUGUCACGGCACUCCUCGCGGCCCAGCUCCCUGAUUGAACAGGAGAAGCAGCGCAGCCUGGAAAAGCACCGGCAGGAGCUGACAUCCCUGCAGAGACAACAGACGGCUCAUGCUGAGGAGAGGAGGAGGAGGGAGAAGGAGUGGGAGCGCAGGGAGCAGCAUCUCUCUCAGAAGGAGGAGCUGGUGCACUUACAGGAGGAGCAGAUACAGAAGCAGCAGAAGGAGCUGGAGGAGGAGAAGCAGGAGCUGCAGAGCAGAAAGGACGAGUACCAGAAAGACCUGGAGAGGCUGAGAGACGCUCAGAGGAAGCUGGAGAGGGACAGGGACACUGUGCGGCGGCAUAUGGACAAGAUGGAGGAGCUCCGUCUGUCUGAGAGAACUCCAUCUACAACAUCCGACGAGUCUCUGUUUGCGGGCAGCUCCCAGUCGCUGGAGCUGGACCCUCUGGAGCUCUCCUCUUCCUCGUACUCCUCCUCCUUGCCCCGGCUGCAGCCCCAGCGCUCCAAAACCAAAGGGAAAGGCCUCAACCCCUUCGCCUUGUCCGCCACUAACCUCAAGAGCAGCGACGCCAACAACCAAAUCUCCAAGAGCUUCCUGCAGCUCGGCAAGAACAAGAACAAAGACGGCAAGAAGAAGAAGAAGAGCAAAGGAGGGAGCACGCAGGCAGCAGACUCCCAGUACGCCGAUGGAGAGAUCUUCUUCUGCUGAGACGCAGCCCUGACCUUCUCCUCCUCCUCUUCAUCGUCGCCGCGACGGAGCUGCCACAAAAUCCCAAGGAGGACUUGUUUCUGCCAAGUGCGUCCUCCUUACACCGCACAGAACAAAGUGGACCAGCUGGGAUCACCCAGAGAGCAACUUUACAUGCAACAGGGAAAAAAAAAGAAGAGUUUUAGACUGAAUGUUAUUUAAAGUGAAAUACCACUGCUUUUAGUUGGAGAUUAGAUUUAGG